UAACAUGACAUACGUACGUGGCGUUUGCUGAGGAGCGUUGUCCACGAUGUGAUGAAUUUGAUGACGGAAAAAAGAUGUUGGCCGCGGUGGGAUUCGAACCUAGAUCCUCAGGUGUUUAAGACUUGGCGCGCUACCAUUGCGCCAUGCGGGCCAUGGUUCUUUUCGUGGAUGUCUUGCUAGGUAUUAGUUGUGUGAGCGGGAGACUGCUACAGGAUUCCCCCCCCCCCUUAGUGGACAAGCUCCGAUUUUUCUGUUUUGCCCGGUGUGUCUGCCCAGGGAGAUAUGAGAUGCGCGAUGUGAGGAGGGCACGUUGCCGCUGCGACUCUGUUGUGCGCCAGUUGUUUCUCCUUUGCAUGGGCUAGCCCAUUUGGACAUCAACAAUGAGGUUGGAGCGUAACCUUGAAAGUCGAGGGGUGUCCAAGUGAUUGGCUGUCUUUACCGGUUGGUGAUGUGGGCUGGCCGUAUGGACGUCGACAGGGAGAUGUGUACGAAACUCGGCAAGUCGAGUGCGUCCGAUGAUUGGCCAAGGAGAGUCACGUGAUCGAAAGCAGCGGGCUUCAUGAGGCCGUGUCUGUAUUUCGAUGGGUGGAGUUGAGAAGGUUGCGUGUUUAUCACGUCGGGAUCAAUUUGUGGCAUUUGGUGAGGAGCGUUGUCCACGAUGUGAUGAAUUUGAUGACGGAAAAAAGAUGUUGGCCGCGGUGGGAUUCGAAUCUAGGUCCUCAGGUGUCUAAGACUUGGCGCGCUACCACUGCGCCAUGCGAGCCAUGGUUCUUUUCGUGAAUGCCUUGCUAGGUAUUAGUUGUGUGAGCGGGGGACCACCACACGUAUAUAAUAGGAGUUAAAAUUUUGGCGGGCUCCAUGCUAGGAUGAGAUAAGUUAAAUAAAAAAGUAUACUAGCCGCGAGUGCGAGAGAUUUCGGACAGCAUCCGCGUUCACAAGUGACACUGGGCUACAUGGUAAGGAUGAACAGAAAGGUCAACAGUGCGACGGCCAGAUUGAAACAGGACUAUCUGCGUCUCAAAAGAGAUCCAGUGCCAUACGUCCUUGCGGAGCCAGUGCCUUCAAACAUUCUAGAAUGGCAUUAUGUGGUUAUAGGACCGGAAAAGACUCCAUAUGAAGGUGGCUUUUAUCAUGGCAAGCUCAUAUUUCCAGGAGAGUUUCCAUUCCAACCACCUAGCAUUUAUAUGACUACUCCGAAUGGCCGAUUUAAAGUUAAUACAAGACUAUGCCUGUCCAUUUCCGACUUCCAUCCAGAUACAUGGAAUCCAGCAUGGAGCGUAUCUACCAUUCUUACCGGCUUACUUAGCUUUAUGAUUGAAAAAAGCCCCACAUUGGGUAGUAUUAACACAACAGAUUAUGAAAAGAGACAGUUGGCUGCACAGAGCUUAGAAUAUAACCUAAGAGACAAGAUGUUCUGUGAGCUUUUUCCAGAUACUGUUGAGACAAUUAGAGCGGAGUUGGAACGUCGGAAGGAACUUGAAAAACAAGCGAGGCAUCAGUCCACGACAUCUGAGGUUUCUUCAUUAAUACGAGAUCAAUGGCAGAGAGAACAGAGCCCACUGCAUACCGUAAUGGCCAAUCUUUUUGUCAUCAUUGGUUUCGCGGCGUUUGCAUAUACAGUGAAGUACGUGCUAAAGAGCAUAGCUAUGGAAUAAGUAUCGGUACCGGAUUGUGUCUUUCAAGCUACAACGAGUACGAGAGAAAAAAAGAGAUGUCUGUGACUAUUGCAUGAGUAUAUUCUGAAAAGAAAAAGAUUACAAGAGGAAAAAUAUAAAAGACACAGGCUUCUGUAAAGCCUUAUGUCCAUGAUGCUAGAAAUUGAUCUGAAAUUUUGGACGGAG